CUUCAUUCAUAACUUGUAAGUUAUAAGGAUCUGGAUAGGUCGAGAAGAGGAAACUUGGAAUAAAGUCACUGGUUAUAAAGGGGUGGUUAAUGAGGUUUGAUAUCGGGAGCUAAUAAUAAAAUGGAAUACUUGAUAAGUUUGAACAAAGGGCAAAUGGAUCCUCUCUUCGAAAUACCUGUGCCAAAAUUAGCAUUUAACACUGUUCUUCUACCUUUGAUUGGAUUGAUAUUCUCCAUACUUUGGUCACUAUGUUUUGAUUUCAACAGGACAACGGCUACACAUUGUGGGGUGAUAAAUUAUUUACCAUCGAUCAGCGCAGCAAUUGACCAGCCACCUUCAUCUGUAGUCUGGAAAAUAUGUAUCGCUCUUCAUUCAGCACCAAGACUUCUUAUUGCAGUGAUACACGAAAUGAAAGCUAGAAAAUUGGGUACAUCGAGAUGUCAAAGUAUAAAAGCCUUCUUCAAUUUGAGUUUGAAUACAAUUGAAGUUUUUAGUUUACUCAUUCUCACAAUGAUGUCAUCAACCGAGUAUAAAUUAUGGCACAAAAUUGGCUUUAUAACCUACAUUGCUUCGUCCGUUAUAUAUUGUUGUGGAAGUAGUAUAUGUGGCACAGGAGAUAGAAAGGAGUCUAAAAAGUGGAAAAGAAUAUUAUGUAUCAUCUACCUUCUUUCGCUAUCUUCUUCGAUGUAUUUUUACUAUCGGCACAAUACAUACUGUGAAGAUCAAGUGUACACAUUGUUCGCAUUACUCGAAUAUAUUGUUGUGAUAUCCAAUAUCUUCUUCCAUUACGUGGCAAGCUUCGACUUUCAUAAUUACAGCAUCAGCGUUCAAGAAAAUUGAAGAUUAGAAUACCACUUUACUAAAGUUUGCCGAACAUAUUUUCUAAUCUCUACCCAUUGUCUGCUGGUGAAUGUGGGGUAUGAGAAGAUUCACACUUAUAUUCUGUGACACGUAGGUUAUAUAUAGCCUUGUACUUCACAGAGUUUACAUGCAAUCUGAAGACUGUAAAUCGGAGGAUUGCAAACAUCAUCUUUAAUGGAGAGAAGUUUUGAAAAGAUUUUUGAA